AUGUUUGUCUGCGCCGUCAGACUUCAGGGGAGCAGCACAUGGCCGUGGGUAGUCUCCGGGGAGCCGAUCAACCUCAGCCCCACCCAGAACCAACCCAAAAACCACAAAAAACCACGAACAACCCAACAAGCCGAUGAGCAACUGAAGCACACCAUCAUGGCAAAACCACAUCCGAUCGUAUACGCAAUACACGACUUCCAAGCCGAAAACCCAGACGAGCUCUCCUUCACGGCUGGCGAGGCCAUCGAGGUAACCGAGAAGGACGACCUCUACGGCGACGGCUGGUGGCAGGGGCGCAACACCAAAGGCCAGCAUGGGCUGUUCCCACAGGCAUACACCCUGCCAGCCGAAGCAGUCCUCAAGCCAACCCCACAGCUCACCAUGAACGAAACACUCUUCGAAGCUGACGAGCCCACCCACUUCAGCCUCCACAGCAACCCGGCCAAAGCACGCGCCAUCCUAGCACAGAAGGCACAAGCCAACGCAUCAUCUAGCAGCAGCCAUGCCACCGUCAUGGAGAAACUCAAGUCGGCCUCCAACCACAUCCAUCUCUCCCACAGAACCAGCCUCAACUCCCUCAUCAGCAUCCCCGGGAUCGGCGACAUGGAACUCUCAGAAGAGAGCGGAGCCGAAACUGACGACGAUGAUCACGAGCCCAACUCGACCCACAACAAGAAAUCCUGUCGAUCUCGCAGCUCCACCCUUGCCGGAAAACAGCAACCCAAAAACAACAACAACAACAACAACAACAACAACACUCAGCCAUCUGGCUCACCCACCACCCAUCCGACAGCCCCCAAGCUCUCCACCCAGCCCUCAUCCGAAUCCACCCGUCAACCAACUGCCUUCAAGCCCGGGCCCUUCUCCGCUGCUGCCAUGGCCCUCGGCCUCACCGGCUCACCCAAGGAGAAGGACAAACCACCCUUCACAAAAGGCCACCAGCCCCAGAAGCCAUCAUCCUCCAGCAUCCUCAGCGACUUGGCCCUCGAUCUGCGCGACCACUUCAACCUGGCCUCCGCUCCCGUCGCCUCCACCCUCCGGAUGAGUCGCGAAUCUAGUCAGUUCACCAAUCUGCCCACAUUCUCCGAUCUCAAUAACACCCGCCCCCCCAACAGUGCUCCCUCUGAUGGCUUCCGUCCACCAGUCUCCCUCCACCCCACCCCCACUACUCUCCUCAGCUCGGCUGCUGCUUCCGCCCCCGACCAUCAGCAGCCCCCAUCCCCGCAGGAGCAUCUCUCGGAAAAGGUGGCCGUCUCCACAACCAGGAACUCGCUCACCACUCGCUCACAGGAGAACCUGAACGCCACCCCCUCCAACUCGAACCACCACAAUCAUCAACGCCAAGCUUCAGCCUGCAGCACCGGCAGCGGUAUCUUCUUACAUCAGCAACUCUCUCAGCUUCCCCAGCCAGUCCUUCUCCAGGAUACCAAGACCUCCAUCUCAACCGCCGAUUCAUCCUCCGCUAAGGAUUCUCGCUCCCGCUCCAGCAGCCGGGUCGAGCAGUUUAUCUCCAUCGAAGACCAGCCCACCAGCCCGGCCACGAGCACCUUCCCCUCAUCCGCUGGAGGCGCUGGAGCCCGACCCGGGGACGGCUCCCUCUCAUCCUCCCAGAGUCGAUCGCUAAAGCCGCUCGGCUUUGCCUCCUUCUCGUCUGCCUCCCCCGACCAAUGGUCGGUCGCCGAGGUGUCUGAAUGGGCCAAGCUCAAAGGACUCGACGAAUUCACCGUCGGCAAGUUUGUCGAGCACGAGAUCACCGGGGACGUCCUGCUCGAGCUGGAUGUCAAUGCGUUGAAGGAGAUCGAGCUGACGGCCUUCGGACGGAGAGUCCGAGUGAUCAAGGCGAUCGAAGAGCUGAAGAAGAACCUGCUCCACCACAAGCAAUCCCAUCCGCUCUCGCCGCUCUCAGACCCCAUCCAUCUCACCUCCUCCUCCAUCGAUUCGUCCCUCCACCCAUCCCCUCUCGCCAACCCGCGCACUGAACUCGCCCACCAGCACCACCACCAUCACCACCACCAGGCCGGCCGUCUCAGCUUGACCGCCAAGCAUGACCACUCCACGUUCCCCUACCAGAAAGCCUACCUCCCUCAGACGGCAGACGCCAGCGAUCGUGAGGAAGAGCUUGCACAGCAUGCCUCCUCCCGCGACUCGACCUCCAAGGCCUCCGCUCUCCAGAGCCACAAUAAGCGGCCCUCUGAUGCGUCCGGCUUCAGCUCCCAUCGUCGUCAGGAGAACGAGAACAGCAACUCGAGUCGGGACGAGCUUGUCCCCUCGUCCAACCAACUUCCUCCGGGCUACAAGCGCACCUCGUCCGCCUCCGGCCGCCCCCGUCAGGCCACCUUCUCGAACCACGACAGCCCGCAGUCCAACCACCAACGCAACCAGUCCAAGGCCACCGUGGACAGCACCCGUCGUAGUCGAGCCUCUUCAUGGACGCCGGUCACCGAAGCCCACGACGAGAACGAUGCGACAGGGCCCGUCAAGGAUCAGACCGGGACACUCGAGGGGCCCAUCGUGCUCGACUCGCCUGAAAUCCCCGCCGAUGAAAAGCCGAAGAAAGUCAAGAAGAAAAAGCUCGGCAUUCAGAAGCCGCCCGCCACCACGACGGCCGUCUCGUCGCUCAAGACCAAGAAAAACUCGAUCGAGUCGCCCGAUCGCAGGCCUAUCAGUCCCGACACUCCCGACAAAUCUCAGCACGACCCGCCCACUGCUAAUACGAAGUCUCGUACUAGCUUCUUGGGCAAUCUGAGAGUGCGCAAGCCGCCGCCUAAGCUUAGCUCCCAAUCGCCAGUGAGUGUUACUGCGUCGAAUAACAAUGGGGAAGGAGAGGGCCGGCCGAGCAGUUCGUCGGGCAACCCGUCGUCGAUGAACGGCCGACACCAUGGCCGCUCCUUGUUCCAUUUCGGCAGCGGAGGGGGCAGCGGCAGCGGGGGAGGACAAGAGAAAGUGCAGGGCCAGACGCAGCACCAGAUCCAGCACUUGAGCCCGCUCGCCGAAUCCAAGCACGCCAUCUCCUCGCCCAUCCCGCUCGACGAGACCAAGGAAGACGCCGAGGCUGAGGCCGGGCUGGCCGAGGGCGGGAAGCGGGACGGCGAGACCCGGACGGCGCUCGAGCGGAUCGGCUCUCCCGACCAUAUGGGCUGGAUGCGCAAGAAGGGCGAGAAGUAUCCGACGUGGAAGUUGCGCUACUUCAUCCUCAAAGGGCCCAACCUGUACUACCUCAAAGCCCAAAACGAGGUCCGGAUCAAAGGCCUGAUCAAGCUCGCCGGGUUCAAGGUCGUGAUGGACGCUGACGUCCAUCCCGGCCGCUACGGCUUCCGCAUCAUCCACGAUAACGGGGCUACCCAUCUGUUUAGUGCCGACGACUCCAAGCUGCUCAGGGAUUGGAUGAAGGCUAUGAUGAAGGCGACGAUCGACCGGGAUUGGAUCGCUCCGGUCAUCUCGUCCUGCAACAUCCGCACCAUCCCCAUCAAGGAGGCCCAGAAGAUGUUCCCCCCGCCCCGUCCACCCUCCCCGCUUUCUCGGGCACGGGUCCAGAAAGCAAGGCUGGCGGCCAACCCGGACGUCUUGUCGGAGAAAGACGCGGCCGUGUUGAUGGGCUUGCAGUCUCCCGCCCAUCGGCUCGCCGCCGCCGCCGAGAGCCCCAAGUCCCCGGGCGACCAUAACCUCAACGAUCUCCAGCUCGGCGCCGCGUUGAGGCCUCGGCGAAGUACCCAGCGCCCGUCGCCUUCCAAAGCGGGCGCCGAGUCUCCCGAAGAGCUCUCGGCAUCCGACCGGGAAUUGCUCGGCUGGAUCAACGACAAGAUCCGGGCCCGCACGUCCGCCACCGCCUCGGACUUCUCGGGCUCGAUCCGCAACGGCCACGUGCUCGUCCGGCUCAUCGAGGCCCUCACCCGGGCCGACUCCGGCCUCUCCGACAGGGACUUCCUCGGCGCGUCCCAUCUCACCCAGCUCGACCUCCAUCGCCCCUCGCUCGUGCUCAAGGACGACGACUUCGACGUCUUCUUCGCUAUCUUCGACUUCCUCAAUUCCCAGAACAUCCCGUUGGCAGGGUACUCGCUCAACGACCUUAUCUCGGGCGACCCGGACAAGACCAGGGACUUCCUGAUGCGCGUCUAUCUCCGCUUCCAGGGCUGA